AUGCUAAAGAUAUACAACACGCGUGCGCGAGGAAAUGAAAAUGGUAGCUUUACAAUCUUGCUGCGCCGAAACCAGAAGAUUCUUGCUGACUCCAUUCGAGGUUUCCAGCUGGAGAAAAGCGGUGAGUACCGUCUGAGCACAGUAUGAACACAUACCUUUCUUAGUGGGAACAUUAAGCUUUCUUAAAGGAUCACCAAUUCGACUAGAUUUAUUAAAAUUUCAAUACUCUAGCUGAACAGUGAAUAUACGUAACCGUCGAUGAAGCUCAAUCUUUCUUGAGGUGAGGAAUUUUUCUCAUCAAUUUCUAAUAAACUUUUUUGAAAAGUACCUCAGCUGUCAUUUAGAGAUACUGAGUAACGUUGAGAGGAACCUUCCAUCGCGGAUAAAUUCCACGAGAAUGCUGCACUGCGUGUGAAAGCGUAAUCCACAUCACGUUCGAUGCACUCAGAGUGUGCAUUGACUUACAAAAGAGACGUAACCAGCGCUGAUUAAUUAAAAGUAACUGUUAGUUUUCCUUAUCCAUUUUAUACUGAGUAAGGUUAGAAUGUGUAUAAUUUAUUUUGCAUAAUAGUGCAUUGCUGAAGAUUUUAAUGUUUAAAAGGAGCAGAUCGUUUGAAACCACCCCGCCCUCGGCCGGCUGCGAUCACGAACGAGUGUAAUUGAAAAUCUCCUUUGAAAAAGAUGAAAGUAGAGGUUUUAAAUUGACAGGUGCGGAUGACUUGCUCAACUACCUUGAUCUUAUGGUGAAUUCUGGUUUACUGCUUUUAUAAUUUUUUUUCGAAGUUCACUUAAAAGUAGACGUGCUCGUAAUCCAUUUACACCCUCUUUGAUGUUUUAUUCCGUGAUAAUUUUGUCGUGCUAACAUUUCUUAGAAACCACGUGGCAAGGGUCUAUUAUCGAGAUGAAAUUUCACAUGGGGAACAGCUUCAAGGACGAUUUCGUAGUGGAAGCUGAGCUUGUUUUGACCUCCAAACUGUCCACUAGAAAUUUGAGGCGACGAUAUAAUGUCAGCGUGUACUAUGAACAAUCCACAUCGAACAUGUCGGCGCCAAAUAAUACAAGGCUUUCCGAUUACCGCACUUUUCCAAAGAGGGCAAAUGUUGAGUUUGGUCUUAACGUGACACAAGCUGUUAGAAUGUGGAGUUCAAUUUUGGCUAGGACUUACACACUAUUGGUAGGACUGUGAACUUCAUAUCUCGAUUUUCUGUUGUACACUAAUGACGUUCGUUUACCAUAUUUGCGCCAUACAGAUUUGCUAAAGUCUUUAAUGUCGUUUUAUUUUUUCACUUGAUUUUUUCUUCUACCAAACAGUUUCGUAAAACAGUAUUAACAGAAAUGUUGGUCCUCUUACAUCACAUGGCCUUUCUUCACACCUGAAAAUCUUUGAGUUUUCCUUUUUUUCUCUCCCCUGUUUAGACAAAUGUGCUUUGACACCAUAAUCUAUUCCUUUGUUCAUUUUACUUUCUUAUAGGUAAAAAUAGAACCACUCGAUGACUCUAAAGCUUCUUUAAGUGUGUUGAGAUACCUCGAGCAUGACCACUUGCAUGGACCCUUCCUUGUACUGUACACACAAUCUAAACAGGGACAAAACAAUAAUGACAUCUGGAAGCUGUUGACAAUCAAUUGGCUUGCACUUUCACCUGUGCUCAAUAGUACCACUGCUCAAAAGGGUUAUAGAAAUGGCAGUUAUACACAACUUUCUGGGAAAAACACCAGGAGAUCUCCUAGGAACCCAAGUCUCACUUGCUACAAGGUUUCAUUCUCAGUAAGAAUGCAAGACAUUUACCAAAACAUAGUUAUACCAAAGACUGUAUAUAUAAACUACUGUGAUGGCUAUUGUUACUUCCCUAUUCAAAAUCACUUAACUCCUACUAUGCAUGCCAUAACAUGGGCAUUGAUUUGGAAAAGGCAAAACCCCACAACAAUUGCACCCAAAAGACCUAUGUGUGUACCAUCUAAGUUAAGUGCUCAAACUGUAAUCCAGAGUGACCCUGAAACAGGCCAGCCAGUGCAGAAACAGUGGUUGAAUUUUUCAGCCUCUGAGUGCGGAUGCCGUUAA